AUGCCUCUGGAUACGAUAUACCUCACCCGCCAUGGGCAUCGUCUCAAUUGGACGAUCGACUUUCGCACUGGCACCUACAAGUCGCAGUUCCCAACGCCAACCGGUAAUCCAGCAGACCCGGCCCUGACGUCGCAUGGCGUGCGCCAGUCCCAUGAGCUUGCGGAACAUAUGGCGGGUCCGGAGUUCCACCCGAAGCCUUUCCGUGUAUACUCGAGUCCCUUUUACCGAUGCCUGCAGACUAUCCAGCCGUCGGUCGAGGAACUCAAGCGCAAACACCAAGACCAAUCCAGCAACAAUGGCCGCGGCUCGAUAGAUGCAGCCGCGGAUUUAGAUGUGCGAUUGGAGAAUGGACUCGGAGAAUGGUUCGGUCCAACGACUUUCUUCGACCACCCAUCUCACCCAACCCCGUCAAUGAUGCGCACCCAUUUCCCAACCAUAAUCCCAUCCUCCCCAGAAACAAAAUACACUCCGCUACUCAUCCCCUCUUCUCGCGGCGAGACAAUCGCACAGCUUCACAACCGUCUCGCUACGGCACUCGAAGGCAUAAUCGCCGACGUGGACAAUGAAGUAAACGCGCUAGAAGCUGGCAUUCCACCCGAGCAACGAACGAGCAAAUCGAUCCUUAUUUGCUCCCACGCGGCGCCGCUUAUUGCCAUGGGCCGGGCGUUGACGGGUCUCAUGCCGGAGGAUAGUUCCGUUGAGGACUUUCAUGUGUUUACGGCUGGACUGAGUACUUUCCGGCGACGGGGUACUGAUAAGGCUAGGUCGCAGGGUAGUGCGCUGUCUAUCUUGGCUGAAGGAACAGAACUUGUUCGUGCCAAGUCUGUUCCUGAUUGGAAGGGCCGUGGUGUUGGGGGUGGAUGGGACUGUGUCUCGAGUGGGGAUUGCAGUUUUUUGAGUGGUGGUGCUGAGCGUGGAUGGCAUUUCAGUGGUGAGGAAGGGUUUGAUACGGGGCCCAUGGCGCCGGCGUCUGAACCUCCUUUGGUGCAGGCCCCUAGAUCUGGAACCAAGUUGUAA